UGGCAGAGAGGGAUGGAGGACACUGAGUGGAGGCCAGUGGAGGGAUUGGCAGAGAGGGGUGGAGGCCAGUGGAGGGAUUGGCAGAGAGGGAUGGAGGACACUGAGUGGAGAGAGGGGUGGAGGACACUGAGUGGAGGUCAAUGGAGGGAUUAGCAGAGAGGGGUGAAGGACACUGAGUGGAGGUCAAUGGAGGGAUUGGCAGAGAAGGGUGGCAGAUACAGAACGGAACGGCCGUAUCUUGGAGAUGUUGCGGAGGUGAAGUCUACAAGAUUUGGACAGAGAUUGGAUUUGGGGCUGAAAGGACAGAUGGGAGUCUA